AUGAGUAGUGGUAGUAUCGGCCACUCGGUUAAUAGUGGUGACUUCAGUGACUAUGAUUACGACAUCAUUUCAAUGCCAGAUGGAGUUGGAACGAUUGGAAUCAUGGACUCACCCUUUUAUGAUUGCAAGACAAAAAGCUUAUACUUUGUCGAUCUCUUCAACAAAAAUAUUUAUCGAUAUUCGGAAGAAAAUAAUCGAGUGUACUAUUGUUCGGUUCCUGGAUUCUCACAACCAUCGUUUUUCAUCCCGGUGAGAGGCAAACAUGGCGUCUAUAGUAUGGGACAAAAUACAUCAAUUUAUGAGGUUGGGUGGGAUGGAUUCUCUACGGUAUGUAACAUAAUUGCAAAAGUUACAUCAGCCGAAGAUGGUACAACACAUCAUACAAAUGCUGCCAUCGCUAGACCAAAGGGUGCCCUCCAUUUCGGAUACUAUUCUCAAAACCUUUGCGGUGAUCCAGCUAACCAAGGCCUUUAUCGCUGGCAAAAAAAAUCGGACUUAGAAAGAUUGCCGGGCUCAUAUGUAACUGUCAACUCAAUGGGUUUUGACUACAAACGAGGCAUUCUCUAUGUUUCGGAUGGAUGCACGCAUACAGUCAGAGCAUUCAAAGUGAAUAAAAAAACUGGCAAAAUCUCCCAACCGUGGGUGGUGGUUUCGAACUUCGGACUUCCAAAUUCGGUCGCUAUUGUUAGGAUCAGCGUUGAUAAACAUGCAAAUUUGGCGAUUGGGACAUAUAAAGGAGGCAAGGUGUUUUUCGUCAAUUCACGCACCGGGCAAAUUAUGAAAACAGUAGAUAUGCCAACGCUAUUCACGGCAGCUGUCGCAUAUGGUGGUUGUGAUUUCAGCAAACUAUAUGUAAUGACCGCACAAUUGGAUGCAGAUAUUACGACAAUUGCUUGCC